AUGAUGGCAAUGACCGAUGAAUACGGACGUGCGGAAGGGCCAGUGCGUUUCUCAUCCGCAGAUCUAUUCGGAAUUUCAGGAUCAACACGGAGAAUCACUUCCCCACUUAGGAGCGCCUCCACUUGCUCUACUCCCACUCCCGCGGAAUCGAUUGCUUACAUGGGAAGUGCGACUAUCUCAGGUGCGAUUUAUAACCUAACUCCACCCCGAGAAAGUCCCAAUCAGCUGUUCGGCUUAUUCUUCCGACGCAGUUUUCUCAUCGCGGCAAAGCCCAACCGUCGAAACGAAAGAGCAAAGAAAGUACGCUCGACUCUGUGUGCUAUCCUCCCACCAUUCUGCUUUGCAAUGGGUGCCCAAAGAACGAUCCAUGUCGUCGGCGUGCAUGCCGCUGGUGAAGUAGGCGAUGUUAUCGUCGGUGGGGUCCUGGAUGUCCCCGGGAAGACCAUGUUUGACAAGAUGAGGUACUUUUGGGAGAAUGCAGAUGAGAUCCGGCAGCUGUUGCUAAAUGAACCCCGUGGCCGGCCCUCCAAGAACGUAAACCUUAUUCUGCCCCCCUGCGACCCGCGAGCUGAUGCAGGCUUCAUCAUCAUGGAGAGCGAGGAGUACCCCCCGAUGUCUGGAUCUAACACCAUUUGUACCACGACGGUUUUGCUGGAAACCGGCAUGGUUAAAAUGCAGGAACCAACUACAACAUUGAAGUUGGACACUGCGGCUGGCUUGGUCUGUGUGACUGCAGAAUGCGAGGCAGGGAAAUGUAAAACGGUUGCCUUUGACAACGUGCCUGCCUUUGUGUUCCAGCUCGACUUGGAAGUUGAGGUUCCCGGCCUCGGCAAGAUUCUGUGUGAUAUCGUCUGGGGUGGGAUGAUAUAUGCAAUCCUCGAUGUCAGCCAGAUAGGCCUGACCAUCAACUCCGCCGACGGAGAGCGAUUGGUCCAGUACGGCGAAAUGAUCAAACGCGCAGUGCAAGAAACCAUUCAUCCGGUUCAUCCCGAAAACUCGGGUAUCAACGGGGUGACGAAUCUGGUGCUCACGGAGCCGUUACAGAACGAGUCCUCUGGAAAGACAGCGCGCAACGCCACUGUUGUAUCUCCGGGGCGCCUCGACCGGAGCCCCUGUGGAACCGGGACAUGCGCCCGGAUGGCCCAGCUGCAUGCUCGAAAACAGCUUGCGACCGGAGAGUCUUUCCGCCAUGUCAGUCCUAUUGGAACUGAAUUCAUUGGCACAAUCCGUGGAACUACGAAGGUCGGAGAUUAUGAUGCAAUCUUUCCGACUGUUAAAGGGAGUGCUUGGAUCACCAGUUUCCAGCAAGUCAUCCUUGAUCCAAGCGACCCAUUUCCGAACGGGUUCCGCGUUGGCGAUUCGUGGCGUGUGUCUUGA